CAACCCUGAUCACACAAUCGGACUAUCGAGCUCUAAACUACCUAAAAAAAAAACAAAAUUAAAUUAUAAAUUAUAAAAAAAACUGUUGAAUGCGUCCUGUAUUUAAAAUCUAUUGUGAGCGAGCUGUACAUACUAUGACGCCUGCUCGCUUUUGAUGCCCCCAAUGCAAAUAAUUCUAAAAGAAAAAAAACUGAAUUUGAUAUUUAAACAAACGCAUACUGAAACUGAUAGCUAAGAUGUCGUCGCACGUCUUGGUUGACGAGGAGACUCUGGAGUCUAUGGUGUUCGAGAGAUCAAAGAAGUGGUCUAAUUUUAUUGAGCACUUUUCCGAAAUCAAUGACGAUGAAAACGAUGUUGUAGAUUUCGAUAAAGUUGAGACACUAUGGAAGGAUGACGAAAUUAUGGAUGACGCUAGCAAGUGUUUUGAUGAAGCUCAAGAGGACAAGUCAGUAGACGCCAACAUGGAAAUACCAAAUGUAACUAGCAAUAUGGCCAAGGCAGAUAUAACGCAGAUGCUUUGCCCAAAUGGUAAACCAGAAGAGAUUGCUGAAGUACAGGAGAUCUUAAAUCAAACACUUCCAAUUCUUGAGGAGCAUAAACGCAAAUGGAAAGAGGCUGGACUGGAUAGGAUUCUAAACACCUUCGAUGUUGAGAAAAUUGAACAUCAUGUGGGUCAGUGGUUGCGGCGCAACAACAGCGUUUAUAUGGAUAAGAGUCCAGUAUCAGAAAGCCCUAGUGCUCACGAUGCUACCCUAUCAGACAACGAGUCCCUGCAUUCUGUGGACACUGCACGCUACAUCCGGCAGAGCCGCAAGCGAAAUCCUUCCUCCUCUACUUCUGUAAAAUGCUCCACCACUUCUACAAUCAAAAUGUAUCGCACUCAAGCGCAUAAAAGAGAUGAACUUCGGGCCAAGUAUGCGGCACAUGAUGACGAACAAGAGCAUCGUCACCACCUGCAAGCAUUGCUACGCCGACGACGAGAGCGUGAGCGUGAACGCGAACACUCCCAUUUCCCAAGCCCUCGGCACUGUCGCAACUAUACUAGUAAUUAUCACCAUAAGCGUCGCAAGCAUGUUUUAAGACAUCGUCCACACUCCUCGAUGUAUUACUCAUCAUCUAGCGGCGAUGAAGAUUAUUCCUUUUGCAACUGCAAAUCUUGCUGUGUUCCUUAUAAGUAUUGCUCGACUUACCGAAGCCAUCACGACUAUCGGCACCUUCAGUUGGGGUCCAGAUCCAUGUAUCACAUGCGACGUCAGCAUGCAUUCGAGGAGGAUGUUGAGAUGGACUUGCGUCCACGUGUCUUGGAAUCGGAAUGCAGCUGCUGCAACAGCGAGCGACUCUGCUCAAAUGUGAUACAUCUGGCCAAUAGUUCGACCGAGGAAUGGGUGGUGAAAAAUGAUAAUAGUCCCACAGUUAUACAGACACCCAAGCGCGGCAGUAGUAAGCCUAUGAACAAAAUUAAGAAAACACUGAGGAUAACCACUCCCUUCGUAAAGGCGCAUAAAGAAAUAUAUGAAAAAAUCAACAAAGAGCUGGUUGAACACGCGAAUCCUGCAAUCAGGAAGACAACAACUAAGCGAAAUACUCCCACCGAACCAAUUGCUACAUCAAGUGCUUGUCAAUCAAGGAAAAAUCUAUUCAAAAAGCAAGCUAAGGUUCAGAAACGUGGAACAUUGCUCACAAUCAGCGAGGAAGUUAACAUAUCAUCUAAACCAGUUCCAAAGUUGAAAGAUAGUUUUUCAUUAUCUACUGACACACCAAAAGAAACAAUUGGUGAUCCAAUAGAUAAGAAGAGCGAAAAAACUGACAAACAUAUUAAAACACUACCCGAUAUUGCUAUUGACAAUCCAAUACGAGUUUCUCCAAGUAGCACAGAAUUAAAAUCUCAGCGUAAUAUUAAGAAGCCUGCUGCAACUAAAAAGACUGGCAAGUCAAAAAAAACAAGAUCAACGUCUAUUCAAAUAAUCAGUUCUGAUGACUCGGAUGAUACUUUUGCUCAGGUUACAGCUCUGCCAAACCAAACGAUUAAACCAGACGUACUGGGAAGACAACCGAAGAUCAAAUUUAAUAACCAGAGCGUCGCCUGCAAUUCAACAGCAUUGGCAAAUAAUUCAGCAUAUACCCGUUCACUUCAUAACAAGCAGACGGGCAUGCAACAAGCAGCAGCUACAGUGAGUAGUACUUGCAACACUAAUGCAUCCUCGGUCUCGCCGGUGGAGCAAUUAAAUGCGGAUCCCAAUUUUGAUGCCGAUUGCACCAUAGUUACAUCAACGACAUGCUGCGAACCUAUGAAAACGAAACGUUCACCGAUUAAACUUACCAGCAAGGGUAUAUUACUAUAUGACGCAAAUUCAGGUUCUGGACAUUUUACACUUACCGAGAGCUGUUUAAGCAAAAUUAUUGGUCAACGUAGGGCAAACCAAUUCCUUAAAUUCCAUGUAGGCAGUCGCAGCUUUGAUGGCGGUCAGUCAGUUUAUUACCGUCCGACACCGAAACUGGCCGCUGCACUGAGCGCUGGAGAUUCACUUUCCCAUUUAAAUACCUCCAGCUCUAGUUCAAGUGACGACGAUAUCUUUGAUCGUAUUAAGCGCUAUGGUGAAGUCUACAGCGUUUUGGAGAAGCCUAAUAAAAACAACUAAUUUAAGGCAAAAUAGAUUUUAGAGAUACGUUAAGAAAAUUGAUUACAUAUCACUUGAAUAAUUUUUAAGUUCCCCAGUUUUGUGUUAAAAAUUUUUGUUAAUAUUCCAAAAGAAUUAAUAAUUUGUAAUUAAGUUUAGAAAAAUGAUUAGAUAUCACUUUGAAAUAUUUUUAAAUUUCGGAUUUAUGUUAAAAAGUUUUGUUUAUAUUCCAAAUGAAUUUAUGAUUUGUAUUUACCGAUUUUAAUAUAUAUAUCUAAAACUCA